GGAAAUUUGCCUUGUAAAAAGAGAAUCAAAUCGGCAACACUGUAAAUAUGUAAAAAUAUUUACUGCUCUGCUUUUUAAAAGGCCUUAAAAAACUUUCCCCGCAGAGAUUCUCCGCCGCAGAGAGAGAGAGAAAGAUUGGAGGUUUUGCCAGCUCAGCGCGAUGGCGAAGGAAAUCGAAGAAAAGCUUCUCAAAUUCAAGUUCCACAUUCUCUUCGCCCUAAUUUUCAGUCUAUUUAUAAUCUUCAUCUGCUAUCUUGCGCCGAGUUUUGUCGAUAUUAUCAACUACUUCUCGCCGCUCCUCGUAUCGACGGCGCUAUUCCUCGUCGCCGCCGUUGUUUUCGACCGGAUUUCUCCGCCGUCGCCGGAGUAUCCCGGCGAGAAAGCGGGCGAGGGGUUGUUGGACUACGUGGCCGGCGAACUGGUGGCCGGAGGCGGAGUAGUGCUCGUUGCCGAAGAAAAGAUAGACGAAAUCGUCAAAACCGAGUAACAAAAAACGUACUGCUGUAGUUUUUCUUUUUUUCUCUCUCUAACGCUUUUCUCUGUCAACAUUCAUGAAUUUUCAUUUUUGCUCGUAGAAAAAGGAUUUAAUUUAAAUCUUUAUUUAUUUAUUUAAUGAGUUAUUAUUAAAUGAAUGGUGAUGCCAUUUUUACUUU